AUGCAGCUUCAGCAGCAUCUCUCUGAGAAGGAAGAGCAGGUCUUGCAGUUAGACAGAGAUGUGGAAGCGCUGCAGCAGGCACUGCAAGAGAGGGACAGAAUCUGGCAGGCAGAGCUUGUGGCUGGGCAGUCAGAGCUGAGGCAGGUCAAACAAGAACUGGAACAAGCUAAGGCACAGGACGUGCAGGCUUCGGCGCCAUUUACCAUUGCUGAGGCUCAAGCAGACUCACAAAACGACCCCUACAAGGAGGUGCCCACUCUGAAACAGGAGCUCAAGCAGGAGAAGGAAGGCCAUGAAAAGGCAGAGCGCAGGGUCAUAGCACUGCAGCAACAGCUUGACGCUAAGUGUCAGCGUCUUGCGGCUGACUUGGCAAUGCUCCAGGACCAGCUGGACGAGGAGAAGACGAUGCACGCGGCUACGCAGCACAAGUUGUCCACAGUGCAACAACAAGCCAAGCAUGCUUUUGACAAUGCAGCAGCUUUGCAGAGUCAGCUUGCAGAUGCGGUGCAGUUGAAAGCUGGGUUGGAAAAUGCCCUAGAGCUCUCUAGGAAGGAUCUGGACUGCCAAAGUGGCAAGGUGGCAGACGAAGUUAAGAAAUGCGAUUUGAUCUGGAAAAAGGAGAUGAAGCGCUUGCAGCUGUCCUAUUCUGAAUUGACAGUCAAGUAUGAGCAAGCUUGCCUUCAGGCACAGCAGGAGGGCAACCUGAAGGAGCAAGAAAGGGAUAGGGUCAGGGACGCCCAGCAACAGCUGAGCACACUGAGGCUUGACCUGGACCAGAAGCAAGCUGAUUUUGAAGCAGCACAGCAUGAGCUGCAAGCUGCACAAGCCACACUGGUUCAGUUGCAGAAUGCAUCAGCAGAGACGGCCAGUGCUGGAGCGGCUGAGUUGGAGCGGCUACUCCAGCAAAAGAUGGAGGAGUGCAGCAAACUUGCAGCUGAGAAUGGGAGGCUCCAAGAUGAAAGUCAAAAGCUGCGAUCGCAAAUUCAUGGUCUGAGCCUGGAAAAGCAAAGGCUGGAGGCGGGGUCAGAGGCACACCUGGCUGAGGUGGGAACUGCAUCUGCAGAUGCUGACAGGACCAAGCAACAGCUAAACCGUCUCAAGAAGCAGAUGAUGCAAAUGCAGGAAGAUCAAGAGUCGCAACUCAGCUGGCGUGUGGACGCUGAGGUGAAGCUGGCCCUUGAAGAGCACAAGAAACAGGAGGCAUCUGUGGUCGCCAAGCUCAGCAAGGAGCUCACAGAUGUGCAGUCAGCUUUGGAAGUUGCCGUUACACGUUCCAAGCAAUGGGAGAAAGAGAACAGUGAGUGGCGAGACGCCAGCACCCAGAAGGACAAGGAGAUCAGCAACUUGCAUACUGCGCUAGGGGAGCUGACGUACCAGAGCGAGGCUGCUGACAACCUGCGGAGGUCGCUGAACCAGUCUAAGGCAGAGGUGGACAGUUUGAGGUUGGAGCUGCAAAACGCCCAGGCCUCCAUGCAUGAGGCCCAGUCUUCUCGCAGGGCUGCAGAGAACGCUGCAGACAUGGCCCAGAAGAGUUUGCAGAAGUUGGAAGACAAGGCCAGGGCAGUUAGGGAGGAGAAUAUACGGCUGAAGAGGGCUCUAGAGGAGAGUGUGAGGAAGAUCACGGACAUCAACCAGAACUCGGACUCUAUGGUGGACAGACGUGUUGUGGUGAAGCUGCUGGUGACAUAUAUUGAGCGCCGCAACAGCAGAGAUGUGCUUGCGCUCAUGUCUCGAAUGCUUGGCUUCACGGAGGAAGAGCAGAAGAGGUGUGGGCAUGGAAUGGGCCAGCUCUGGUGA